AUGUCGGCUGCCCAGCUUCUCAACCCCAAGGCCGAGUCCCGAAGGAGGGGCGAAGCUCUCAAGGUCAACAUCAGUGCCGGUGAAGGUCUUCAAGAUGUCCUCAAGUCCAACCUGGGCCCCCGAGGCACAAUCAAGAUGCUUGUCGACGGUGCGGGACAGAUCAAGCUGACCAAGGAUGGCAACGUUCUUCUCCGAGAGAUGCAAAUACAAAAUCCCACCGCCGUCAUGAUUGCCCGAGCAGCGACUGCGCAGGACGACAUUUGCGGUGACGGAACCACCUCUGUCGUUAUGUUGGUGGGCGAGCUCCUGAAGCAGGCAGACCGAUACAUCUCUGAGGGACUGCACCCUCGUAUUAUCACCGAUGGUUUCGAGGUUGCCAAGAUCGAGGCCUUGAAGUUCCUCGAUUCCUUCAAGCUCCCUAAGGAGGUUGACCGAGAACUCCUCAUCAGCGUCGCGCGAACAUCGCUCGCCACUAAGCUCAACGCCACCCUGGCCGCCAAGCUCACUCCCGAUAUCGUCGACGCCGUCCUCGCCAUCUACCAGGAGCCCGCGAAGCCCGAUCUGCACAUGGUUGAGAUUAUGAAGAUGCAGCACCGAACAGCCUCCGACACCCGGCUGAUCCGUGGAUUGGCCCUCGACCACGGUGCCCGACACCCCGAUAUGCCGAAGCGACUCGAGAACUGCUACAUCCUGACCCUCAACGUCAGCCUGGAGUACGAGAAGUCCGAGAUUAACUCUGGAUUCUUCUACUCGAGCGCCGAGCAGCGCGACAAGCUUGUCGAGAGCGAGCGCCGAUUCGUCGAUGCCAAGCUGAAGAAGAUUGUCGAGCUCAAGCAGGAGCUGUGCGGUACCGACGGCUCAAAGAACUUUGUCGUUAUCAACCAGAAGGGCAUUGACCCCCUGUCUCUCGACGUCCUCGCCAAGAACAACAUUCUUGCUCUCCGACGAGCCAAGCGAAGGAACAUGGAGCGUCUUCAGCUUGUGUGCGGUGGUGUUGCUCAGAACAGCGUUGACGACCUGUCUGAGGAUGUUCUGGGUUGGGCCGGCCUCGUCUACGAGCAGACUCUUGGAGAGGAGAAGUACACCUUUGUCGAGGAGGUCAAGGAUCCCAAGUCGGUGACCCUCAUGAUCAAGGGACCCAACCAGCACACCAUCGCCCAGGUGACAGACGCCGUGAGAGAUGGUCUGCGAAGUGUUUACAACAUGAUCGUUGACAAGUCGGUUGUUCCCGGAGCUGGUGCCUUCCAGGUCGCCUGCGCUGCUCACCUGAAGAGCGAUGCCUUUGGCAAGUCAGUCAAGGGCAAGGCCAAGUGGGGAGUUGAGGCUUUCGCCGAUGCUCUCCUUAUUAUCCCCAAGACCCUGGCUGCCAACGCCGGUCUUGACAUUCAGGAUGCUCUUGCGGAUAUGCAGGAUGAGCACGCUGACGGCGCCGUCGUUGGCCUGGACCUUGAGACCGGAGAGCCCAUGGACCCCGAACUGGCCGGUGUCUUUGACUCCUACCGAGUCCUCCGAAACUGCAUCGCCUCCAGCUCGAGUAUCGCAUCCAACCUUCUUCUGUGCGACGAGUUGUUGAAGGCUCGACAGAUGGGUAGAGCCGGCGGACCGGGGCCUGGCAUGGAUGGACCUAGCGAUCACAUGUAG